AUGGGCCCAGGCAUGUCAUCGACUUCUUAUAUGAAAAUUGAAGGACUAACUGAAACUCAGACUCGUCCCGAUCUCUGCGAGACAAUCCCAUGGUUCAAGCACUAUCAGUCAGGCGUAUAUUCAAGCAAGGAGAAGGGCUGCAUUGGAUUGUUGAUUGACGACAGCUGUGGGGGACGCUGCUAUGUCGAUGAGGAAAUCAUAAUCACACGAUUAUCUGGCUCAUACGAAAAGGACUUAAAGGGAAAUUUAGUUUUGAAGCAAAGCCAGACACUGCUAUCGGGAACCAACGCGGCCGUGCAGAAGAGUUUCACCAACCAUCAACCAAUCGGUGUCAUCAUUGGUACGUUCAAAUCUGAGCUCACAACCUUGGAACAAAAUAUAAAAUGUAAAAUACUUCAAAUCUCUCUGACAAAUAAGUUAGGUGAUCGCAACGGAGAUAUCGGCCGCUCGCUUCCGCACCGGUACAAUGUGAUGGACCUUUUCAUCAUCACCCAUAUCUGGCCCGAAAAGAUGGGGGCCUUCACCGGUUACAAAAUGCGUCUUCAGAAGGUAGACCUCACCAGGAAGAGUUGGUGGGCCGCGAAGGACUCACCUGAUCCUUCCGAGACUCGAGACUUCGAAACCCGGCCCGAGAUUAUUACAUGCAAUGCGUGUACCCAGGGGUCUUGCCGCACUUUCAAGGGGAUCUGGACAUGCCUGAACAGAGAUUGCGCUCGUUUCUGGGAAUUUAUUGAUGGGCCGGUAAACGCAGAGCUGGAGUAUGACCCGGUUUUCCUCUCACAUCGGUUCUUAUGGGACCAGAAUAGCUUGCCCGAAACCCUGGAUCUUGUCCCUCAGGCUCCAGUCAUUUCGGACAGAAAUCGGGACCUCUGGCGGCAUGGUGAGAAUGCUCGACAAGGAAUCGUCUGUCCACACUGCCGUAAAUGUGUCCCUCGUGUCUUCCUGAGUGGGUGGAAGUGCACAGCGAAGCACUUUGUUUCGCCCCAGCCUCGAAAAAACGAGUUGGAUUGCCCGUGGAGUCUCCUUGUUGACGGACCAGUUGUCUCUGUGUGCGAUGUCAUUGCACUGCCAGAAAUUUUUCCCCAUUCAUCUCCAAGGUCAGGCAAAAACGCCGCCAUGCCUCGUGGCGGUCUCGAGUCGUUCUACGACCAACCUCGAUUCGCCCCAAAUACCAGUGGGCCUGAUAUUGAUAGAGUGACAAUGGCACCGUAUGUGAGGCUCAGGUACUCAGUUGGGGGCGACAAUAUUGGCACAGUUGAUCAUAUUGUGUCAAACACGGCCAUCAAUGCCAAGGAUCGUGGCCCGAACUAUCUCUUCCAACGCUUUCAGGAACUCGACCUCGGUCUCCGACGAGAGCGUCUUACCCACGCUCCAGUCAAAGGCCUAAUGACAGGGCAUUUUCUUGUGAACAGCGUGAGUCAUCCUGGAGGUUCGUAUCGUUCUUCACUAACGAUAUACCAGGGUCUCCCAUACAAAUUCGUCGUCACUACGCAGUCCAAAUCAUUCAGCGAGACUCAUCAGGAUGUUCUCCUUGCUCACAGUCGCUUGGUCUGGGCCACUCGGCAGACAGUGGCGGAAUCGAAUCAUGAGUUUCAAAAGCCCAACGAACUCUUGCUUGUCUGUUACGUGGCAGACAUGGACAUGGGCUAUCACGAUGAUGGCGAAGAUGUUCUGGGCCCUACUGUGGCCACUCUAUCUCUCGGUGCCAGCUCCACAAUGUUCUUACGAAUGAAAGCUAAAUAUUUUGCCGGGUUACGGAAAAGCGACAAGGGCAGUACAAGCUUGACAAAAUAUGAUCCAGUUCUGAUUGGUUGCCAUGACUAUGAGCGACGAAAAGCUCUCAAAGAUCAAUACGACCAGGGCCUUUUCACCGAGGACCAAUAUGAUGCAGAACGGCGGAAGAUACUCAGACCUAUGACGGAUGCACCGCCCAUUAUCAAAAUGGAGCUCCAUCAUGGACAUAUGGUCGUGAUGAACGGUCAGAAUCUACAGAAAUACUAUGAGCACAAGGUGGUGCCCGAUGGAGGACUCCGUUUCGCGGUGACCGCACGGCAUAUCAAGGAGCAGGGUAUCAAGGCAGAGGACAUCCGGAUGGGCCAAUACAUACUGCCACCCGGUCAGGCCUACAAUGGGGAGUAA